CUCCUCAUAACUUGUUCGUGGAACUCAGACAUCGCACUCGCUGAGACACGUCUUGUCAACCUCGAAGUUUACGCGUGACUCAGACAAUGUGCUAACACUGUAAGGCUAUUAUUGGUUGGUUUAGAUAGAUGUGAAAAAGACCAAAGUUGUGCAUACCAGAUCUCAAGACAAGAAUAAGAGUGGACGUUUUAGCUGAUUUGAUGCUCCAAUCGGGAAUUCUUCCCUCAACAUGAGGGUCAGUAUCUGAUCUAGGUAUUGAACAAACCUAUUGCUAAGUUCAAUAUCCUUGUUUUAAGUCUCUGUAAGAGAACUUAGCGUAAUUACGCACGGCAUCGAAAAUGGUCUCAGCUUUGGAUAGACGCGCUCCAGUUUUGUUACUCGUAUGGGGCUAUUGCGUCCUUGCGGACUCAGUCUUUACGAACUUUACUCUGGACAACGAAGUCCAUUCUAGUUUUAUCCACCGUCGUCUGAAGAGCCAGGAACGCCGGGAGAUGCAACGGGAGAUCCUUUCGAUCCUAGGGCUACCACACCGGCCGCGACCCCAUCUCCAUGGGAAACACAACGCUGCCCCAAUGUUCAUGCUGGACCUGUACAAUGCCAUGUCUACGGAGGGAGAAGAGGACGGGUACUCCUACCCCUACAAGCCCGUCUUUACCACCCAGGGGCCACCGAUUGCCACCUUGCAAGACAACAACUUCCUUAACGACGCAGACAUGGUAAUGAGCUUUGUCAAUUUAGUGGAGCACGAUAAGGACUUCCUCCCCGUGCGACGACACCAUGGAGAAUACCGUUUUGACCUAUCACGGAUCCCCGAGGGGGAGGCAGUCACAGCUGCAGAGUUCCGGAUAUACAAAGACUUCAUCCACGAGCGCUUUGACAAUGAAACAUUCCUCAUCAGUGUCUACCAGGUUCUGGAGGAGCAUUUCGACAGGGAGUCAGACCUAUUGCUGCUGGACUCCAGGGUUAUCUGGGCAGCAGAGGAAGGCUGGUUGGUGUUUGACGUGACGGUGACCAGUAACCACUGGGUCCUGAACCCAGGGAGGAACCUGGGUCUACAGCUGGCUUUGGAGAGCAUCCACGGUGAGAGUGUGAACCCCCGGACGGCAGGGCUUAUUGGGCGCAGCGGGCCCCAGAAUAAACAGCCCUUCAUGGUGGCCUUCUUCAAAGCCACGGAGGUGCACCUGCGCAGCAUCCGCUCAGCAGGGGGCGCCAAACAGCGGAACCCCAACCGUUCUAAAGGGGCCAAGGGCCAGCAGGAGGCUCUCAGAGUGGCCAACAUCGCAGAGAACAGCAGUGCUGAUCAGAAGCAGGCGUGUAAGAAACAUGAUCUGUAUGUCAGCUUCCGAGACCUGGGGUGGCAGGACUGGAUCAUCGCUCCAGAGGGCUAUGCGGCGUACUACUGCGAGGGCGAAUGUGCCUUCCCUCUCAACUCCUACAUGAACGCCACCAACCACGCCAUCGUGCAAACACUCGUCCACUUUAUCAACCCGGAGACGGUGCCCAAGCCCUGCUGCGCGCCCACCCAGCUGCAUGCCAUCUCCGUGCUGUACUUCGACGACAGCUCCAACGUCAUCCUCAAGAAAUACCGCAACAUGGUGGUCCGAGCCUGCGGCUGCCACUAGGGCCACACCAUGACCCGCCCUCAUGCACACACACGCACACGACACACAACCACACACACACACGGGACAAUCACACACACACACACGGGACAAUCACACAUACACAUGCAGACAUACACGCACAUUCACGUGCAUACACGCACACACAGAUACACUCAUCCUGUGCUUUCUACUGUGUAUAUAAGACAUUAAAACAGUGAUUGUAUAGUUAUCCACAGUCAACAAUCCUUUGUUAUUUUUAUGUGUAUGUGUUUAUUGUAGUUAAUGUGAUUUGUAUUAAUGUAGAUGUUAUUUUUUAAUGCUUUUUCUAUGACUGACCGGCCUAGAUUUGGGAGGUUUUUAUCUGAGAACUUUCAUGUACAAUACUGUGUAAAUAGUUUUUAAACAAAGACAGAAGUGUAUUUAUUUCUUGGGAGUGUUAAGGUUAGGGCAGUGUAAACCCUUGUACUUUACUGUCUAUGUUUUACAGCCAUUUUACCAUGUGUUACUCAAACAUACAGAGGCUUGGAGACACAAAUGUUGUCAUCAGAUUCAAAAGAUAAAACACUUUGGCACCAUAGAAAGGUCUACUGAGGAAUAAUAAUCGUCACAUACAAACUCGCUCUCACGCUCCCCUUCUCUCCUCCUCCUCCUCCUCUCUCUUUUUCUGUCAUGUUUUCUCUACACGGUGGAGGUGGUAAAUCCCUCGGCUGUGUGGAGCAGCAGGCUAUGCUGUCAUGGGAACCACCCCAGCCCAGACGGGGCCCUGCCUGCUGGAGCACACACCCUGUUUUAUACACACGCUUCUAUUUGACUCAGAUGGAUAAAGUAAAGUGAUCUCAUCACUCGUCCUAUCGUGACACUUCUUGGGCAUCCUUUAGCGUUAUAUCAUGAUGCAGGAGGUUAGGGUUUGGGUGGACCUGACGCGUCAAAAUCCUGAAGCUGUAGGGGACCUUGUGUGUCGGAACAGUGAUGCUAAGGCUUCUGAGUGGCAAUAAAUGACGGAACCUUAGAACAGAGACUAGGCUCCACAAAGCUAUGUUGUUGUUGAUUCAAAAACAGUGAAUUUCCAUCUAGCUCGUUUAUAGGACUCUUUAUAAUUCAAGUUAAGUGUCUCUUUUUACAAUCAAAUGACACAGAGCAAUAAUACCGAUUGGAUAUCGGUUUUCAGUGGAAUUGGCAACUAAGAGGAAGAGCGAGGGAAAGACCGAACGAAAGAGAAAAACAGAGAGAUAUUCUGUUUCAAGUCAUAGUAGGAUCUCCAGGUGUACCCUCAAAUGCUGUCCAGUCUGCCCUAUGUCUCGGUCCUAUUUAAGAGGAAUAUUUAUUUCGAGCUGGGGAGACUGGCACUGUGUGCCAAUGCAGUUUCUCCUUCACUCUCCUUAGUGUUUUACUGCACAACUGCUACAAUAAAACUGGAGUAAA